AUGGCUAAAAGCUUACAAAGUAAGUGGAAAAGGAAAAUGCGUGCUGAAAAGAGGAAAAAGAAUGCUCCAAAGGAGCUCAGCCGGCUUAAAAGUAUUCUCAAAGUAGAUGGUGAUGUUGUAAUGAAUGACGUUCAAGAGAUUGCAACUGUUGUGGUACCCAGACAUUACCAAGAGAAAAUGCAGUAUGAUACGAAUGAUGAAAAAGGUGAGAAAGAUGACAUGAAAAUGGAAGCUGACAUUAAGAGAAACAAAAAGAGCCUUCUAGACCAGCAUGGACAGUACCCAAUAUGGAUGAACCAGAGGCAGAGAAAAAGGCUGAAAGCAAAGAGAGAAAAAGGGAAAGGAAAAAACAAAUCCAAGGCAGCAAAAGGUUUAGCCUGGUACCACAUGCAGCAGGCACUUGGUUAA